AUGUAUGCACAACCUAUUAUGGUUCAACAACCUCUCAUGGAUGCUCGAGCAGCUCGAAGAGAAAGGAACAAAUCCACAUUAUAUAAACUGGGAAUCACAGAAAUUGUUGCAGGGAUUAUUUUCUAUUCGUCAUGCAUUGCCAGCAUUUCAAUAUCAUCUGAUGCUGGAAGAUAUACUUCCAAUAUAAUCUUAAUUUAUCCUGGAAUAUGGUGUGGUGUCUUCCCUAUCAUCAGUGGAAUUCUCGGCAUUUUGUCCCGGAAAAAUCCAACAGAAUGCUUAUUUAUUGCAAACAUGGUGAUGGCAAUUUUUACAGCAAUUUUCAUGGCUAUACUCUUCAGCUUAUCCGUAAUUUCAGCCCUUAUCGUUGCUAGCUAUUUUUUUCUGACUGCAUUGCAAGCACUUAAUUGUAUUGGCAGCUUUGCUAUUCUCGUAAUAGCUAUCAUUCAUUCUGCAUAUUGCUGCUCUGGGAGUUGCUGUUACUCGCCUUCGCAACAAUUACCUUCAGGCUCAAAUUAUGCUCAUGGUCAACGAUUUAUUCAAUUACCUAAUGGUCAGUUCGUUCUCGUUCAAAAUCAGCCAUUUGUUAAUAACCAACCUGCUCUACAUGCAGCACCUCUAUGGCAACCCCAUGUAGGCAUCGUGCAACCAAGUACAUCGAACCAGUAUCCCCAAACUCAAAUGAAUAUGAACUUCACUCCUAAGCCAGAAACAGGAGCUGCUGAAGCUCCACCAUUAUAUGAUAAUCAUGGUUUUGCUGCAAAUCCUAAUUAUAUGUGA